AUGAAUGCGGCCACGGCGGAAAUGGCGGAGCACAGAAAAAAAGCCGGACGUCCUGGCGUCAGGAAAUGGUUCCACGAAGCGUCGAAAGUGCGAGUCGUUCGCCGCGGCAUUCGCCCGAGCGAAGUGCGCCGGUGCCGUCGUACGCUUCCCGCAGAGUUGGAGGUCGCCGGCGGAUCAUGCUGCGUGGGGCUGCGCUGGGCAGCUCUGCCCUCCUCCGAGCGAACUGUGGCCCUCACGAGAUCAACAAAGGGUGAAAAGAAAAAGAAAAGUAAAGAAGAAUUUGAUCCUACUCAAGGAAAAUCUGGCCUGAUUGGAUUGUUUCGUUAUGCAAGUUGUGGUGAUAUAGUAAUUUUAACUAUUGGACUGGUUUUUGCUACUGCUCAUGGAGCUAGUUUGCCAGCACUAGCUCUUAUAUUUGGUCAAAUGACAAAUACAUUUAUUCAACAAUUCAAAGCGGACAAGAUUAUUUUAACUGAAGAGAUAGCAUCACCCUGGGCGAAGAAUGAAACAGAUCCUGACAAGCUUGAAGAAUUUGAUGACUUGAAACAAACAAUGUCUCAGUUUUCAAUUUAUUAUUUGUAUAUUGGCAUUGGAGUACUUGUUGCUGCUUUCAUUCAGACCUUAUGCUGGGAAAUGGCCUGUGAAAGACAGGUGUAUCGAAUGCGUCAAAUGUUUUUUUCUCAAAUGCUUCGCCAGGAUAUUAGUUGGUAUGAUCAAAAUCAAAGUGGAGAUCUGACCACAAAACUUUCUGAUGAUUUGGAACGUAUUCGUGAAGGAAUUGGCUGCAAAUUCAGCAUGGUGUUACAAUACACUGCUACUUUCUUUUCUGGUCUUGGGGUUGGCCUCUAUGCUAACUGGCAAUUAACUCUUGUCAUAUUAGGUGUUAGUCCCCUUCUAAUUGGUACAUCUGGCUACAUGGCAAAGGUGUCUGCAUCAUCAGCAGCUCGUGAACAGCUUAAAUACUCACUUGCAGGGGGCAUUGCCGAAGAGGUUCUUAGUAACAUUCGUACAGUAGCUGCAUUUGGAGGUCAACUUAAAGCUGUAAUGUUAUAUGAAAAUGGUCUAGAUGAAGGACGCAAAUUAGCCAUGAAAAAAUAUUACAUUCUUGCUGUAGGUAUUGGCUUAGUGUUUUUUGUGACAUACGGAGCAUAUGGCCUUGCAUUUUGGUAUGGAUCGCAAAUGAUUGGAACUGGUGAAGCAACACCAGGAAGUGUUUUCACAGUGUUUUUCAGUGUCAUGGCUGGGGCAUUCUCUUUAGGGAAUGCCCUUCCGUUUGUUAAUGCAGUGAGCACAGCAUUAGGUGCAGCUAGUACAGUAUUUGCUGUAAUAGAUCGUGUACCUGAAAUAGAUCCUUAUGACAAGAAAGGUAAAAAACCACAGAAAGUUCAAGGCCAUAUUAUUUUUCAAAAUGUUACCUUCCAAUAUCCUACACGGCCUGAAAUUAAGGUUCUGAAAGAUUUCAAUGUGGAUAUAAAACCUGGUCAAACAAUUGCUUUAGUAGGAUCCAGUGGAGCAGGAAAGAGUACUGUUGUAGGAUUACUUCUUCGUUUCUAUAACUUAACUCAAGGGAAGAUUUUACUGGAUGGUGUAGAUUUACACACUCUGAACCUCGAAUGGUUACGGAAGCAGAUUGGAGUUGUUUCUCAAGAACCUGUAUUGUUUGGAGUUUCUAUUCUUGAUAACAUCAAAUAUGGUCAUGACGAUGAUGGAUCUGUAGUGGAGCAUGGUACUCACAUGGAAUUAUUAAUGAUGAAAGGUCUAUACUAUAGCCUUGUUCAAGCACAGUCCUUUCAUGAUGCUGAUGAAGAUGGAAUAGUUAGAGAUAAUAAAUCAGAUCCUGAUAGCUUCAUGGAUAAAAGUAGUGAGCACAGACAUUCAUCAGUUUCAAGUGUUGCUUUCUCUUCUGGUGGUGAAGACCUAAGAAAACAAAUGGAGUUGGAACCUGUUUCUCCAGAUGAUGCAAACAUGGCCCGCCUUUUCAAAUUAAAUUCUCCAGAAUGGGUUCCACUGCUUUUGGGCUGCAUUGGCUGCAUGGCUACUGGUGCAGUCAUGCCAGUGUUUGCCUAUUUUUAUGGAGAAGUAUUUGCAACUUUUACCUUAACAGGUGAGGAAUUGUAUGAAGCAGCCCGAUUUUGGUCAGGCAUGUUCUGUGUGCUUGCAGUUGCAUCUGGCUUCAGUUUUUGGUUGCAGUGCACAUUCAUGACAUGUGCAGCUGAAAAACUUGUAAUGAGAUUGCGAUUAAAAGCAUUUCAAAAUAUUUUAACUCAAGCUGUGGGUUGGUUUGAUAUGGAAACUAGUGCUCCUGGACGACUUAUUACUAGACUUGCUCGUGAUGCGCCCCUAAUUAAAUCUGCUUCUGGACUUCGUGCAGGUCAGAUGCUGGGCGCAUUGGUCACUCUGGCUGCAGCUCUUGCAAUUGCUUUUUGUCAUGGAUGGAAAUUAGCUUUAUUGUUACUAGUAGCAGUACCAAUCCUUGCAGGAGCAGCAUAUCAACAGAUGAUGAUUUUACGUCGAACACAAAGAAGAGAUGCAGAAUUGUUGGAAGAGGCUGGAAAGGUUGCAUCUGAAAGUAUUCAAAAUAUAAGAACAGUUCAAGCUCUUGGAAAGGAAGCACUCUUUGUUGAUUUAUAUAUGGAAAAAUUAAUAGAGCCUUACAAGGAAGCAAGAAAACAAGCUUUAGUAUAUUCUAUAAUAUUUGGGUUUUCUCAGACUGUGAUAUAUAUGAUGUAUGCAGCAGCAUUCAGAUUUGGUUCAUAUUUAAUUGAAAUUGGUGACAUGGAGCCAACAAAUGUGUAUAGAGUGUUUUUUGCUUUGGCAUUUUGUGCUGCCUCAAUUGGGCAAACUUCAGCAUACCUUCAAGACUACACAAAAGCUAAAAUGGCAGCUGCUUUGAUGUUCCAAUUAAUGGACAGAAAGACUGAUAUAAGCAUUAACCCUAUAAUGGGCAUAAAACCAAAAAUAUUAGGGAAGGUGCUAUUUCGAAAUGUCCAUUUCCAAUAUCCAAACAGACCUAACGUAUCUGUGUUACGUGGUUUAAAUUUAUCUGUGGAAACUGGAAAAACACUAGCUUUAGUGGGAUCCUCAGGUUGUGGGAAAAGUACAGUGGUGUCUUUACUGGAAAGGUUUUAUGAUCCUACAAGUGGAAUUGUGCAAGUUGAUGGUUUUGACAUCAAGACUUUGAACUUACCGUAUUUAAGAAAACAUAUUGGCUUAGUAACACAAGAACCAACACUCUUUGAUUGUUCUAUAUGGGAAAAUAUUGCGUAUGGUGUGAUUUCGGAUGAUCCAUCAGGUUCUGAUUCAGAUAAAUUAAUGCCACAAAUUAUUCAAGCAGCUCGAAAAGCCAAUAUACAUGACUUCAUUUCAAAUUUGCCCAGUAUAGUCCAGGAAGCUUUGGAUCAAGCACGACAAGGACGAACGUCAAUUGUCAUUGCUCAUCGUCUAUCAACAAUUCAGAAUGCUGAUUGUAUAGCUGUGAUUCAUCGUGGCCGUGUAGUUGAGCAGGGAUCACAUGAAGAGUUGAUGGCUCUAAAGGGCAGAUACUAUAAAUUGGUAGAAAGGCAAACGUUAUAGUCUUUUAUUUUAUUUAAAUAUAAUGAUGGAAGACAAUUUGCAAGAUUUGUGAAUUUACAGUAUUAAGUUUUUAAUCUCCAGAUGCAUUUAAAAAAAAAUAUAUGUUCAAGAAUGUGAGUGUUCAUAAAUGUACCAAGAUUGAAAAUUGUCUUCAAUAAUUCAGAACAUUCUCAUCUGUUUCUCAUCCCUGCAUGAUUUUUUUUUUGUCUCCAGAAAAAGUUUUGCAAAUAAAAACCAUUUCCAAACAUUCCAUUAAUUUGUGAGAAAAAAAAACUGUUAGAUACUAUUAAUGAGCAUAUUGAUUGAAGGAUAAUGUAAAAUAGUCUAUAUCAAGUCCCCAAAUCAAUGUUUCUGCAAAUCUUAAUUGAAGUUAUUUAUUUAUUUAUUUUCCUUGCUUGCUCAAUAUAAGAGGUAUAACUUAUAGGGUAAUUUAAUCCAUAUCUUAAAUACGACAAUGUUAAUGUUAACCAAUCAAUAUGAGAAAAUAAUUAUUAGAAAUGUAUGUUAUCAUGAUUUUUUGUAGCUGGAAGGUUCUUAAAUUCGUUUCUUCACAAAAUGCAAUCUAGGACUGCAGAAAACAUGGAUUAAUUCUUGCGAAUGAAAACUUAAAAUGUUUAUACAUAAAAUUCUGAAAAUGUGUAUGCAUCUCAGUAUAAAAAAAUCUACUCUAAAGUAGUGGAUUAUUUUUAUAAUAAAAAUUCCAACUUACAUUUUUUUGACAAAGUCUUAUAGUAAUUAGAAACAUUUCAGUAUUUUCUUGCUUUAAUCUUGCCCACUAUUCUAAUAAAAUAAGUUAAACUGAAAUUACUCUUUCCACUUGGCUGGAUAAGUUUUUGAGAUACGCUAGCUCUUCAAAGAUAAAAGUACUGUAUUUCAUUUAAGAAAUGUAUUGAAUCUUGUUUGAAUGACCUCAAAAUUAGUAACUAUAAUUUGCAUUUAAUUCUUUGUUUGUGCAUGUUCUGUAAAGCUAGCAUAAAUUUUUCAUUCAGAAUGUUAAAACAAGAUGAAAAUCUGUGAAUCUCAUUCAGAAAUUGGUUUUGGAAUAACUGAUAGUAGGUAUAUCAAAAUGAACCACUUUUUUGGACAUAAACAGAGAGACUACUGCAGAUAACAAUCUUAACUUCAAACUUUUGGUAUAGUAUUCACUCUGCAAGAAGAAACAUUGAUUUGUGUUUAUGAAAAGCUAAUAAUCAAGACUUGUUGAUUCAGUUAAUGUAUUAUGCAAAUUAUGCAAUAACUGUACAUUCAGCAGUGGACAGUAAUGCUCUGAAAGUCGUAACCAUUGAGAUGUUUUGUUUCCAAAUGUUCAAAUGCAUUUUUUUAAAAUGUGAGACCAUUCAUGGAAGUUUUCUUUAUAUUGUAAUUGGUAAGCUUUGCAACAAUUUUAGAAUGAUAUGUCAUAUUAACCAUAAAGGUGUAAUACAAUUAUGACAUUUAAAAUUUAAAAAAUGUGAAAUUAUUUUUAGAAUGUGUACUUGGGGACAAGUUAAAAUCUGAAUAUUCAAUCAUUAAUUACUCAGUAUUCAAUGAAGACUGAAAUAUUUCCAUAAAAUGAUAAUGAAGGCAGGAAAAGAAAGUCAUUUCUGUAUAUUAUAUCAAUCAUACUUAUUCUCUUUUCAGUUCCUCCAAAAAUAUAUUUAUUGCACACUUGUGUAGAAAUAAAAUGUAUUUAUUUUGGGCAGGAAAAUUCAUUUGAAAAUCUAUUAAAAUUCAAGGAGAAAAUAAGUUUAAAAAACGAUAAUUUUCUAACAAUUAAUAUUAAUACAUUUUUGCUGGAACACUGACUUUCUUCUUUUGAGCUUUCAAUAUCCAGUGAUAUUUAUGAAACAUAUGCUUUGUAUAAAACAAAACUUGUAUUGCAUUUUAACAUAACAAACUGUACAGUUUCUACCAUUCUAUCUUUGUACUUAGAAUGAACUUUUGUAAUUAAAAGUAGAUAAACUAAA